AUGUUUCCGAUCGAGGUAACUCGCACCCUCAGCCAUCAAUGGCCUUGUCGAGAGCUUCAAAUUAAACAGCUCGGUAGCCUUCUUGGUCCUAAGGUCCCUAGCCCAUCAACGGUAGUUGUCCAUGGCAUAUCCGAAACAUGCAAGUCGACGAUUGUCCGUGGCGUUGUCUCCUCCCUCGAAGUCCCUCACGCCAUCGUUCGAAGUACAGAAUGUAUUACAGGCCGCCAUUUGUUGACAAAGAUACUGUGGGCUACGCUGGAGGCCCUGGGUCAAAAGGACGAAUGGGAAAAAUACGGGAAAGGACGGUGUGAGCAUGUCAGUUCUCUUGCCGUGCUCCUGGGCGAAUGCCUCACCUCAAAGCCGACGGGCGCAGUUGAGAAAUUUGUCUUGGUUUUAGAUGGAAUCGAUAAGCAACGAGAAGCACCUCAAACACUAUUGGCUGCACUAGCAAGGUUGGGAGAAGUGAUACCGUCUCUCUGCGUUGUCUUGAUUCUCAGCUCAACUCCACGGCCUUUGUUUCUUCAGGCUGCCGGCGUCCCACAUAUCAGCUUUCCACCAUAUACGCGCAAGGAAGCAAUUACUAUCAUGCUGAAAUCAGGACCACCGCCGGUUGCCAAUCUCUCGGACGAAGCAUCGUCUAGAUUAUAUCCACAUUUUGUUUCGGCUAUCUACGAUUCUCUGAUUGGACCAACCGCGGGCUCAAUUCCCAAUUUUCGGUCUCUAUGUGUCAAGCUCUGGCCACAGUUUGUAUCUCCUAUUAGCAAUGGCGAAGCACCGCCCGGAACCAGCUCAGAGUGGGACUUCUCCCGGCUUCUAGUCAGGAAUCGAGCACUAUUUCGGCGCCAUGGCGAGGCGGCUCUUGUACAUCAUAUAGUAACUGAUGAAGAAACCCCAUCUGUCAAUGGGUCAAUCUCAAAACCGUCUCUGGCGGCCAUGUCCGGCCCUUCACCUCUUCCGUCAUUACCAUAUUUCGCGACCUUGAUCUUGACUUCCGCAUACCUAGCUUCCCACAUCCCUCAAAGACUCGACACAAUCUUUUUCUCCAAAUUCUCGUCCUCCUCCUUAUCUGCACGAAACAAACGUGCUCAUCAUAGAAGACGCUUGAAAGUUUUGUCGCAGGCCCAAGCAGAAGACAGCCGGGUGACCACACAAGGUCCAGCAACACCAGGCAAAAAAGGCAAAAGACAAAAGACCCGAAUCACAAAGUCGACCCUUGAAUCCGCCUUUGCCACCUCCUCUGCUACCACCUCCGCCGCUGGUGGAGCUGCUGGCGUUACCGGCCCAUCGACAAUCCUAACAGCUCGCCCUUUUCCUUUAGAACGAUUAAUCGCUAUCUAUCAUGCUAUUGACCCCAACCCUCCUGCAAACCCCAUCCGCCAGGGCGCUGCAUCAGACGCAAUAUAUGCGGAGCUUGCUACGCUGCGUCGAUUACGGUUGGUUGUGCCCGCCUCCGGCCGCGAUAGCGGGGGUCGCAUUGGGCUGGGAUCUGGUGGUGCAAGCAGUGGUAACACAUCAGCUGAUGCUGGAGAAAAAUGGUGCGUCAAUGUUGCGGGUGACUGGAUUGGAGAAUUGGCCAAAGGAGUCGGUGUUGAGGUUGGGGAAUGGCUGGCGGGGGGGUUGGAUUAG